UUCUCCAUUCACCCGUUGCGGAUAACAACACUGGAGUCUGUUCUGCUCCGUCUCGUCCCUCCCAUGGCCUCGCUAUCACUUGCCGGCCUUCUCCCACGACUGCCCACUGUUCCGGCCUCUCGUCCAAUUCUUUUCGCCAUGGUUCCCUGCAGAGACCCCUUCUCCAGCUCCUUUUUGCCUUCCCCUUCGCCGUCGAUCCUCAUUCGCAGUAAAAUCGCCCUUAGCGCCCUCCCACAGAGGCUCGUUGGCGAGGAUGGUCAUCAAGGCGAACUUGAAGAGUGGGCGGUGGAGGAGGAAGAUUCUGAAGUAGAGGAGGGAGGCGGUCCCGACGAUCUUUUCUCUUUUGACCUCGAGUCGAUGGAGGAAGAGGCGAUUGAUGCUGUCAGAGAGUACUCCCUAUCGUUGUCUCGUGAACUAAAUUUCGAGGAUGAGGUCAGUGAGAGAAGGCAUACAACUGAGAAGCAAAGGAUAAAGAAAAAAAUUAGCAAACAUAUUCCAGACCAUCUUCUUCCAAAAGUCGCCAUUGUUGGAAGGCCAAAUGUUGGUAAAUCAGCAUUGUUCAAUAGGCUUGUGGGGGGGAACAGGGCAAUUGUUGUUGAUGAACCAGGAGUUACUAGAGAUAGGUUGUAUGGGAGAUCCUUCUGGGGCGAUCGGGAAUUUAUGGUAGUAGAUACUGGGGGCAUUAUGAUCUUUUCUAGGUCACAGGCUGAUGUAAUGGAAGAGCUUGCAAUUAGUACAACAAUAGGUAUGGAUGGGAUUCCCCUUACAGUUAGGGAAGCAGCUGUUGCUCGGAUGCCAUCCAUGAUUGAGAAACAGGCCACUGCUGCUGUGGAUGAAUCGUCUGUUAUUAUAUUUCUUGUAGAUGGCCAGGCUGGCCUUGUGGCUUCUGAUGUGGAAAUUGCAGACUGGUUACGGAAGCAUUACUCAAAUAAGUGCAUUAUCCUCGCUGUAAAUAAAUGUGAAUCUCCACGCAAGGGGCUGAUGCAAGCAUCAGAAUUUUGGUCCUUAGGGUUUUCCCCUAUACCCAUAUCGGCUAUUUCUGGCACUGGAACUGGGGAACUCCUUGAUCUUGUUUGCUCAGAACUGAAAGCAACCGAGGCUUCAGAUAACGUUGAAGGAGAAGAAAACUAUAUUCCUUCUAUUGCUAUUGUCGGUAGACCAAAUGUUGGGAAAAGCAGCAUACUGAAUGCAUUAGUAGGGGAGGAAAGAACAAUUGUUAGCCCAGUCAGCGGGACAACUCGUGAUGCUAUUGAUACUGAAAUUGCUGGACCUGAUGGACAGAAAUACAAGCUUAUUGACACAGCAGGCAUACGUAGAAGAGCAACUGUAGCAUCUGCUGGUAGCACAACUGAGGCAUUAUCAGUAAAUAGAGCAUUCCGAGCCAUCCGCCGCACGGAUGUGGUGGCUCUUGUUAUUGAGGCAUUGGCUUGCAUUACUGAGCAGGAUGUCAGGAUUGCUGAAAGAAUUGAGAGAGAAGGAAAAGGUUGCAUAGUUGUAGUGAACAAAUGGGAUACUAUACCAAAAAAGAACCAACAGACAACAUCAUACUAUGAGCAAGACGUCAGGGAGAAGCUCCGGUUACUCGAUUGGGCACCGAUUGUCUACUCGACUGCAAUUACCGGCCGUAGUGUCGAUAAGAUCAUAGCUGCGGUCGCGAUGGUCGAAAAGGAGCGAACCAGAAGGUUAGGAACUUCAAUUCUUAAUCAGGUGGUGCAGGAAGCUAUAGCCUUUAAACCCCCACCAAGAACCAGAGGUGGAAAACGUGGACGCAUAUACUACAGCACUCAGGCUGCUAUAAGGCCUCCUACCUUUGUUUUCUUUGUCAACGAUGCAAAGCUCUUCCCGGAGACCUAUCGGCGUUACAUGGAGAAACAGUUGAGGAAGGAUGCCGGCUUUCCUGGCACACCUAUUCGUCUUCUAUGGCGCAGCAGACGGAAAGGGGAUAAAGGUAGAGAUGCUGAUGCCAGUUUUUCAACUUCACGAAAUGAGAAAAUUGCAGCUGCAGCUUGACUUACAUCUGAAGGUUCUCUAAAAGCAGUCCUUUUUAUUGUUGCUUUGAUUGAUAAAAUUGAGGUAUUUAUCUGAUUCGGAUAUGGAAUUGGAGAAGUUACUGAUCAGUUUACGUCCUUGAUACGAAGCUACGGCGUCGUGCAUGGCCAUUUACGUAGAUGUUGUGUGCAACACUAUCAGAAAAUUAGUAUAUUGUGAUAUUUUUUCAAAAUUAGUAUAUUGUGAUAUUUUUUCGA